AUGAUGAUUAAGCCAUACAUGAGACAAGAGGAUGGAGAGGAGGACGCCAGCCCUCUGCAGUGGAUGGACGGCGACAUGAGUUCACCUGAUGGAGACGCAUCAUCACACCACUACCAGCAGGCCAGGGAGGUGGGGAGUGAGGAUGCAGAGGAAGAUGAGGAGGACGAAGAAGAAGGACAAGAGGAUGAGAACGGGUCCAAGCGGCGGGGGCCCAAGAGGAAGCGUAUGACCAAGGGUCGGCAGGAGCGCUUCCGUGCCAGGCGUGUAAAGGCUAACGCCAGAGAGCGCUCACGCAUGCACGGUUUAAACGACGCGCUGGAGAACCUGCGUACCAUUAUGCCAUGUCACUCCAAAACCCAGAAACUGUCCAAGAUCGAGACAUUACGGCUGGCCCGCAACUACAUCUGUGCCCUGUCCGAGGCCCUGGAGGGGGGUCUUUCCACAGAGAGCAGAGCUUUCAUGGAGACCAUGUGUAAAGGCCUCUCGCAGCCCACCACCAACCUUGUUGCAGGCUGCCUGCAGAUGGGUCCGACUCUGGGUGUCGGGGUGAGGGCUGAGGACAGACACGGGGUCCGGGCGCCAUCUACUCCUCUUGGUGGCGUGGUGAGCUACUCCUCCCCUGGCCUGCCAAGUCCGCCAUACGGCACUUUUGACUCUGCUCACCUGCUUCACCUGAGGGCGAUGAAAGUAGGAGUGUAUGAGAAUCACUCUCCGAACGAGUACAAUGCUGGCGGUGUGGGAACCCCUCCGUAUGAAGGCCCCCCUACACCACCUCUGAGCAUCAGCAACCUGGUGCCGAAACAGGAGCCUUCACCCCACUACUUACCCCCACACCACUACUCCCCCUCCCCAGUGGACCAGGGCCUGUAUCAGACUCAGACUGGCUACGAAGCACACAUAGAGGGGCAGUAUGACUCCUACCAUCCGCCGCACAUGCCCCCCCGACAGAUAACCCCUGUCUACAGAGACUAA